AUGGAGUUUUCCACACACAAACAGAUUUCAUCUCUGGCAGCAGAGGUUUCAGAUUCUAUUUCUCAAUACCAAGUAACAGGAGGGGAAAAAGAUCGCCUCUAUGCUCUUAAACAAGUCACACAGUUGGCUAGAUCUAUCGAAAAACCGGCUGAUGUUAUACACAAGAUUGGCUUUUCACUUACCGUUCCUAUGGCCCUUAAGAUAGCCAUUGAUAUGGAACUCUUUAUCGUUUUGACUAAGGCGACAUCCUUCGUUACUUGGAAGGAGCUUGCGGCGCCGAAGAAUGCGGAGAAAGCACUUGUGGAACGCAUCAUGCGAGUUCUCGUCGCGAAUGGAUUUGCGGAGGAGCACGGGCCUGGUAAAUAUACCUCUACGUAUUUAUCAAACCAGAUGACCGAAAAAGCAUCCGUUGGACUUCUUGACAGCAUAUUUACCGAUUUCUUGCCUGCAAUUCACAAAACCCCGAUAUUCCUUAAGCAUACUAGCUACCAAAACCCCACGAACCCUACCAAAGGGCCUGUUCAGUAUGCUUACGCUACAACAUUGUCCUGUUGGGAUUGGCUAGCCGCGAAUCCGCAGGCUUUGGACCGUUUCAAUAGCUUUAUGGAAGGUGACCGGGGUGAUAUGAUAUACUGGGCGGACUGGUUUCCAGUCAAGGAGCGCUUAUUACAUGGAGCUGUGAAAGGGGAUGUCCCUUUUCUUGUCGAUGUCGGCGGAGGUCGUGGCCAUGAGCUCAGGGCGUUUAAACAGCGCUUUCCCAUGGGACCAGGACAGCUUGUCCUUGAGGAUUUACCUUUCGUCAUUGAUGAUAUUCAGGAGUUAGAUGUGGAUAUUAAGAAGGUCAAAUAUGACUUCUUUUGUCCCCAGCCGGUAAAAGGUGCCCGUGCUUAUUAUUUUAAGCAUAUUCUGCAUGACUGGUCCGAUGAGAACUGUCAGAAAAUCCUGACAAACACAGCCGCAGCAAUGAAGAGAGGGUAUUCAAAGAUCCUGAUUGAAGACUAUAUCCUGCCAGACCAAAAUGCUGAUUCCCGUCAAACAACGAUGGACAUGAUGGUAAUGGUCUUCUGUCCUGGUAUGGAACGAACUCAACAAAUGUGGACGGAACUCCUAGCCUCUGUUGGACUGAAGGUUAAGAAGUUCUGGUUGCCUGGCCAUGAUGGCCUAGGUAUAAUUGAGGCUGAAAUAAGUGACUCCUGA